AUGUUAAUUGGCUUGUAUUACCACCGAACGAGGGUGUUAGCAAAAGUGAAUUGUCUACUUGUCAGCAUACGUUUAAAGAUGAAUAUGCAAGAAGUGUGGAGAAUCCCGUUUUUGCCGUACGUAAUUAAAAGAUAUUUGAAGUCGAAGAACCGUUUUCCUUUUGUGAAUUCAUUUUUCUUCGUUGGAAGAGGUUUCCACCUGUUUUAUGCAUUUCCCUGUUUUUUGUCGAGUCGACAGUCAAAAAUUACAAGUGAAGCUGCAAUUCAUGUUGCAAUCCUUAUCUGGCAUGUAUUGAACGUGGAUAAUGAAAUGAAUGUCUCGUUCAUGUCUAACAUUCCUAUUUAUAUGCCAGUAGCACAAACGUAUGGAGCAUUGUCGAAAAGGGUCUACUCAGUGGCAUUUGACGACUUUCAGUUACUUUCACUCAGUCAGUCGCAGGUGUGGAGCAAACGUGACAAUUGA